AAUUUCAUCUAAAGGUAACGGUGCAUCCAUGCGUGAAAAUGCUGCUCCACCUCCUGAAGAUGAUCUUCCGAAUCAAAAUAACUUCCCACCGAUAAGAGUAGGAAAUACCACCGCUCAAGAGGAGGUGGAAAAGAAUAUGGAGAAUCCUGACUCCUCUGCACCGCGACCAGGGCCCGUCCAGACUUGUUCGAUGGACAGGAGCGGUGAGCAGCCACUUUCGGUUUCAAAGAGGAAUCAUCCUUCAAGGCUAGCAGCCCGACUUUCGAGGCCCUCUACGUUCCGGAGGAAUGCACCGAAAGCCAGCAUUAACCGACCGAUUUUCAAUGAAACUUUCAAAAGUUUCAAAGUUUACUCCAGAGGUAAAUUAAGAAGGAAUGUCUUCAUACUCCAAUCUCCCGAGGGUAUGAUAGAAAAAAAUAUCUCUUCUCGUUUAAAAGGCUCUCAAGUAAGCGCAGCGAUGGAAGCCGAGACCUUGGUUAAAUGGUGUAUGAUCCAUCGUAAAAGGUUGCUCGCUCAGUUCAAAAGUGCUCAUAAAGAGUUGGUGUCUGAAUGCGAUACUCGACUCACCAUCGCUAGAAAUCUCUCGGAAGAAGACGAUUGUUGUGCCGCCAUUUUGGGCCCCAAACAACAUACCUCGUUCACUGAGAGUUAUUUUAAUGAGCUCUCUUACAAGACCAUCCCGUCAGCUCGUGGUCCCCUCAUCCUCGAUAACGAAGGCGUUGUUCAAAAUGUCUUUCGAUACUGGGAAAAUGCGCGGAAAUCUCAUAAGUGGCCUUGCGAAAGUGAUGUCUGUAAAGUGAACGAGGCAGAUGCGACAAAUAAAGUGAAGAAAAUACUCUCCGAACUAUCUCAGUCUGUAGUUUUAAAGGCAAUAGUCCUUUUUAUCGUGAGUAUGAAUGAUUGCUCCAAUAGAGUGUGCGUUGAGAGCCCUAUUAAAUCAGGCCAUACGCUAUCCUGCAGACUCGAUGACGGUAAAGGAGCUCCGUUCGUCGUGUUGCAGAACCUGGGGCCUCAUUACCCUCGUGUAAGAUCAUUACUUCGUCAGUUGCAAACCCUAAAACGACUCUUGCAUAAGAUUGACGACCUUGAUUUUGCAUUAUAUAACGGAAACAUAUUUGAGCUGGCCGCUGUGGCAGAAGCAGCGAAGUUAAAAGGCGGAGAGUUCGAAGUGGGCGGACAAAAAUUCGUUUCCGAAGAUGAAAUCCAAGUUAAGUUCCAAAAAAGCUUUAAAGCCCAUAAGAAAUUAAUGGAGGACCUCCCGCGAAACUACUGCUUGUGCUGCGAGAGGCUCAUGCAUCUGCGAAGUUUAAAGUCCGUCGAGAAGAUGAAGCCGAUCGAGAAUCAGACGUGGCUGGAGAUUUUCGCAUACGCGGUACUAACAGAUGCGUGUUGCGAUUGGAUCUGUGACUACUGUCACUCGAAAAUAAAAAACAACACCAUACCUCCGAUCGCAUCCAUCAAUCAAAUGGAAGUUCCUCCGAUUCCACCAGAAAUUGGAUGUUUGAACAGCUUCGAGAAAAUGUUCAUUCAACUCGUUAAAGCCUUCCAAGUUGUGGUCAAAGCGGGGACGGUAAUGAACCGGAAAAUACCGUCGGCCCACUUAACCUCCAAGGUUGUGGGGAGGACUUUCCAUUUGCCGCUGCCCUUAGAACUUACCCUUAAAAGAGUUUUAGAGUCAGGGCAAACAACUUUGCCCAACCAAGAAUUGUUCAUUCUAGUGAGAGGUCUUCCCACCAAAAACAGGAAAGUCUGGGAGUCCGUGGUGAACGUCACUAACGUCUUGAGGGCUUUACAGUGGCUGAAGAAGAAUAAUCCGUUGUACGAGAAAGUCGAAAUACCGAAAUCGGCUGAGGAGCUAUUGCGUUACCUCCCAGACACAGAAACGGCUCCGAAAAGCACUGCGGGAAGAGAUCGCUCAACCGCAGAAUCUGAUCCGGACGAGCCUGAUGCCGAAUGUGAUCCGGACGAGCCUGAUCCAGACUCUGGUUCGGACGAACCUGAUGCAGAUUCUGAUCCGGACGAGCCCGAUUCGGAAUCCGAUGAGGCACAACCUGCACCGUCGGAAGCUAGUCUGGACACAGAGAUCUCUGAUGACGAGCCGCAAAACAUUCAGCAUGGCGCAAGGAAUCUAUCAGAUAAGUCCGUCAAUCAAAGAGCUGUUCACGACUCAACAGGAAUCAACGCGGCAGAUGUCCUUGCUGCGGAUUUGAAUGUUGAAGAGGAUUUAAUAAAUAAUUCCACCGAUGCACCGCAACAUCAUGAUUCUCCGCAGAGGAGCGACUCUCUGAAUCACGAACUUGCCAGAGAAGAACCUCUCUUGCAGGCAGACACUUCUUGUCCGGACGCGGAUGCCGAUCAAGAAGUCAAUAAUGAGCCUGCUUGUUUUCUUGAAGAAUCGAACGUCUCCCUUGACGCUGGGCAAGGCCAAAUCGAUGGUGACGAGAUUGUCGGAGCCGAAGCCGAGGAAACAGGUCCAGAAAGACCUCUCCGACCUGGUCACCGCCUGAAUGAUUCGCUGCCACCGUUGCAGAACAUAGCUGCCAUGCUUACCCAGCGGGACAAAGAGGAUGAGUUUUAUGCUCCUUACACUAUUUUUCCCAUUUACGGUAAGAGAGAAAAUCAUCGCGCCAAAGAUUUGUACCAAAUGUUAAAAAUUCAGGAGCCCAGCGUUGACUCGAGAAGUGCCAAGCUGGAUGCGAUGUGUUUUCCUGAUUUGUUCCCCGAUGGGAAAAACUAUUUCCAAGUGGACAGAGAGGUCCAAGUCGACUUUACAAAUUUCGUUCAUGCGAAAUUGUUCCACCGGCAACCUCAGUUCAGGAAAAACACGCAAUACCUCUUCUACCUGUUGAAUCAAGCCACCAUGCGAGAGUUGGCGGCUGGCAUUUAUCAGGUUCUGAAUGUGGUUCACGGUAAUAUGACCGCCUCGGAGUUUCUGAAGAAAAUGGAGGCAGGAGAAUUCAGUAAGGACCUGACGAGUGUUUUCAGUAGAGUACGGAACACGGAAGAAUACUGGAAAAAGCCCCACAGUGAAAUUUUAUCAAUGAUCGAGACGUAUGGGCCGCCCACUUUCUUCCUCACUUUGGCACCGGCAGACUACGAUGACAAAGAUCUCGAGGCGUACUUGAAAGAACUCGACGGAGAUGAAAAAAACACCAAACAGGCAGCAGGUCUCAUCGCAGGUGAUGUAGGUCCUGUCUGUAGGUAUUAUCAUCAGAAGUUAUCGGCUAUGCUAGCUUUCUUGGCAGAGCCCGGUGGAGGACCUCUGGGCGUCAUUGAACACUUUGUUUGGCGCAGGGAAUAUCAAACCAGAGGAGCUCCACAUUGGCAUACCCUCCUUUGGGUGAAAGAUGCACCGGUGCUGGGCAAGUCCUCCAGCGAAGAGGUAGCCAAGUUCAUCCAAGAUCACAUUACUUGUGGAAUUCCGGACAAAAAGACUUUCCCAACGUUACAUGCCAAGGUCACUAAAUACCAGCAACACCAUUGUAACAAUUACUGCAAGCGGAAAAAGACUUAUAAAAACGGUGUUAAAACAGUAUGCCGCUUUGAUUUCCCUCGCGCCGCUCGGUCUACUUUCGAACUGCGCGAUGCACCUACCGCUAUAGCUGGUAGGAGAAAUCUGGUCAAGAAUUCGAGACUGUACGAUUUGCCUCGUGCGAACGGAGCCGAACGUAUCAAUGAUUAUAACCCUGCCACUAUGCUCGUUUGGGUGGGCAAUAUGGACUUACAGUACGUCGGUGACAAAGCCGCCAUAAUUGGCAAGUACAUCUCCAAGUACCAGACCAAAGCUGAGACUAGUCACAUGACGGACGUUUUCGACUCCAUUGCCAGCGUCGAAGAUGUGAACGGAAGUCUGUGGAAUUACGGGCUCAGAUCUCUGGCGAACCGCGAGUGCGGGGCCUUCGAGGCUGCUGAUACUUUAAUGAGUAUACCGCUUUACAGAACAGACCCCGAUACAACUUUCAAAUGGGUCGAUACCAGUAUCCUUCGCAGCAGGAGGGUGAAGCCGAAAAAAGAGAUAGAAAAGAUGGAUCCUAACGAUGUUGACGUGUUCUGUCCUAGUAUAAUCGACACCCACUAUCCGAACAGACCGUGCGAAAUGAACGACGUCUGUUUGUACGAUUAUGCGAAAUAUUGGGACAUCGUUAAGAGUCGACCGAUCAGAGAACCACUCCCUACCUUCUAUCCUUACGGGCAGAAAUAUGUGCGCAAAAGGAAGCGACCGCACAUCAUCCAGCACUACAGAUGUGACCCGAAACAAAAGCCAGAACAGUAUUUUUACAGUUUACUGUUGCUAUUCAAACCGUGGCGAAGAAUCGGUGCGUUGAAAGGUCAGUACGACACCUAUACGGAGGCGUUCGACGCUGAAAAACACACCCUUCAGGAGGCAAUGAAAUACCAUGAAAAGGUCUCCGAAAUCAUCGCUGCCCACGAUGCAGUAACCGAACUCAUAGAGGCCAAAUGUAGAGAGUUCGGAGAAGAGAAUCCAG